CUGAUAGGUACUAGUUAAUCAUGUCGCUUGAUGAAAUUAAAUCAUUUAGUAAUUACGAAUUGAUUAAUUUCUUUAAAAAGAAUAACCUCAAAAAAUGGGUGCCCUUUUUAGAAGAAAAUAAUCUUGAUGGAAAACAAUUAAUGAAUGCAUCUGAAUAUGAAAUAAAAAUAUGGUCAAAUGAAAGAACAAAAGAUUUAUGGAAUACAAUAUUAAAAAUCAAAUCAAAUCCCAGCAGUUUUAAUCAUACUCUUAAUCAAACAAAGGUGUCAAGGACUUCAAGUUUUUCUCAAAAAAACUUUUUAAAACUAGAGGGACUCAUAGGCAAUCUCAAUAAUAUUAAUAAAUCCCAUUAUUCCAAUGAAGAAGAUGAGAGAUAUUUAGAACCAAUAGGUGGGGAUCCAAAAGGAAAAAAUAGCAAAAUACCCAUACCCCAAAAAUUCAAUAAUCAAAAACCAUUUGUUAUACCAGAAAUACCAAAAUUACCCAGACGUCAACAACCAACGUAUGAAAUAGAGGAAAGCUAUGAAGAUAUUGAUGAUAUACAAGGAAGAACAAGAAAAACAUAUAUAGGUAAUCCAAAAGUCAAUCCUAAACCACUUUCAAGCAAUUCUGAAAGACAACAUAAAACGUAUGUUAAUCAAUCACCGAAUUUUAGACGAAAUGAAAAGACAGAAAACAUGAAUCUAACCCAAAGGUCUCCUAAUGUUUCAAAAGAAGAUACUUAUGAAUGUAUUGAUGAGAUGUCCCCUAAACCAAAUGGAAUGAGAGGAAGAAAAUUGCCGCCAAUACCAACUGAAAACCCAAAACAAAUCAGCAUUAAACAUAAACACCUACCCCCAACUCCAGAUAAUGACAUUUAUGAAUGUGAAAUCGAAUGGGAACCGGAAGUACCAAGAAAUCCCAUAGUAAAUCUUCCUAAAUUGCCACUGGAUUUAAAACAUCAAAUUCAUUCUUAUAACAAGACUUCGUUAAAUUCUAUUUUAAACAGACCCCUACCGCAGAUACCGGAUCAGUCAUAUGUUACACUUACGCAACGUCCAAAUGGCCCAUUAGAUGUAGGAGAUUCAUCUUCAUCUCAAUUUUAUCUUAAUAUGAGCCCAAAUAAAGGUAAAGGGCGACCUCCAUUACCCAUUCCUUCAGAGGAAGAAGAAGAUUUUGAAAAAUAUAUUAAUAAAUCAACAGUUACAUGUAGAGCUAGGCCUUUCUCGCCAGGAGAAUAUAUAAACCAUACAGGAGCUGACGAUUAUUUAGAAAUGCACAACCCUAAUGCUAAUACUAGAAAACAAACAUCAUAUGAUCAACACUUUCCAAGCAACCUGUCUGAUUUAGCCAGUUUUAAAAGUAAUACAUCAUCUGAAGAUGACUGUUUCCUAAAAGAUAAUUUAAACAACGAACCAUUUUACAGAAACACAGACAGAAAAGGAGCCAAAUUAUUAUUAAGAGAUUUGGAUGAUGGAGUCUUUCUUUUCAGGCAUAGUGAAAAUCCGAGAUUCUUUUUGACGCUCACCAUUAAAUAUAACAAACAAUUUUUCAACAUUGGCAUUAUUAAAAUAGGAAACAAAAUUAGAUGCGAUUCUUUAAUGGAGGAGCUAACGCCCGAAUUUUCUAAUUUAACAGACUUUAUAAGUUAUUUUCAAAAAGAACCCAUAACCAUAAGAAAUAACAAAGAAUAUUCUAUAUAUUUAAAUCCCAUACUACCUAUGUCUAAAUUUUAAUUGUUUAAAUUAUUUGCAUAAUAAAAAAAA